AUGACAAGCAUCGUCCAAAAGACAUUAACAGUUCAUGUCGUCGUAGUAAUAACUCUACUCAUACAAGUGGCUCUCUCAGAAGUGGGAACCAUUUCUCCACAUGAUGAUGUGAAUUGGUCUACUGUAAAAUCAAUGGUGAGGAUCACAAACCUCCUUGGUGAUGGUUCGACAUUAAAUCUCCAUUGCAAGUCAUCAGAUGACGAUCUAGGCCUCCAGAUUCUCGCUCCGCAUCGCUUUUGGUCGUUUACGUUUAGACCGACUGUUAUUUACGGAUCGACGAUAUUCUCAUGUCAUUUCACAUGGCCUGGAGAAUCAAAAGUGUUUAAUAUUUACGAUGAUGACAGAGAUGGUGUUCGUAGGGGUAAUCCAUGCAUCUACUGUUUCUGGGAUAUAAGCAAAGAGGGGCCAUGCAGGUUUAACGAAAAAGACGAUGCAUUUGAUUUAUGUUAUGACUGGAACGGUGAUCCAAUUGGUGAUUAG